CUUCGAAGCCGCCGAGCGACCUCCUCCAAGCGUGCCGGAUCGGAAACGGAUCGGAAGCCUGCAGCUGUAACGCCGUCAGGCUCGGGAUCGGAUCGCUCCUUGGGAAAGUUUGAUGGGAGUUCUGCCGAAAGCCACAUGCCUCUGAGUCCGGCUGCCGACACCAAACAUGAUCGCCCACGCCAACAGGCGGUUACUAACGGCAACCCGACAGGCUCUACCGUUGCCCGGGACGACGACGCCGAGGACACGCCCUCUGGAAACAGCAUCGUGGUCCGCGUCGGCAUCCCGGACCUGCAGCAGACGAAGUGUUUGCGGCUGGACCCAGAGUUACCCGUUUGGACCAGUAAGCAGAGGGUUCUGGUCACCUUGACUCAGUCUCUCUCGGAUGUUUUGAACUAUGGUCUCUUCCAGCCGGCGUUCAACGGCCGAGCUGGCAAGUUUCUGGACGAGGAGCGACUUUUGAAAGAGUACCCUCUCCCCCCCAUCACGCCCAUCCCGUAUCUGGAGUUUCGUUACAAACGCAGAAUUUACACGCAGAGUUACGUAGACGACAAGCAGCUGGCCAAGCUGCACACCAAAGCCAACCUGAAACGUUUCAUGGAACACGUCCACCAGAAGAACGUGGAGAAGGUUUCCAAAUGGCUGGAAAAAGGUCUCGAUCCAAACUUCCACGACUCGGACAGCGGCGAGUGCCCCCUGACGCUGGCCGUCCAGUUGGAGGAGAGCUGCGAGCUCAUCAAAGUGCUUCGCAGCGGCGGCGCUCACCUGGACUUCCGCACCAGGGACGGCAUCACCGCUCUGCAUCGGGCCGUCAUGUGCCGCAACAGCGCCGCUCUCACGACCCUGCUGGACCUGGGAGCGUCUCCGGACUACAAGGACAGCAGGGGGCUGACUCCCCUCUAUCAUUCUGCCAUGGUGGGUGGCGCCCCCUACUGCUGCGAGCUGCUACUGCAGGACCACGCCACGUUAGGCAUGACUGAUGAGAACGGAUGGCAGGAAAUCCACCAGGCGUGUCGCCAUGGAAACGUGCAGCACUUGGAGCACCUGCUGUUCUACGGCGCCGACAUGAGCUCCCAGAAUGCAUCGGGAAACACGGCGCUGCACCUCUGCGCACUCUACAAUCAGGACAGUUGUGCCCGAGUGUUGCUCUUCCGGGGAGCCAACAAGGACAUCAAGAACUACAACAACCAGACGGCCUUUCAGGUCGCCAUCAUCGCUGGGAACUUUGAUUUGGCAGAAAUCAUCAAGAUCCACAAAAGUUCGGACGUUGUUCCCUUCCGAGAAUCUCCGUCGUACAGCAAGCGGCGCCGCCUGGGAGGCGUCAGGGCCCCGGCAGGAAACGGUCUGUCGUCGCCGCGCUCUCUGAUUCGCUCGGUCAGCGACAACGCCCUGGAAAGCCCCGCCUCCUCCCCCGGCCCCUCCCUGCAAAGCUUGGAAGCGCACUUGGACACGCACACGCACUCGCUGCGCCGACACGCGCGCCGACUCAGUCCGAGCGGCGGCGGUCACGUGGAGAGCAGCCCCCCGUCCUCGCCCCCCCUCACCCCGCAGUUGAGGAAGAAGAGGCUGUACAGCGCCGUGCCGGGACGGACCUUCAUCGCCACGCGUUCCCACGUACCCCAGGGGUCCGGAGAGAUCCAGCUGCACCGCGGCGAGAGGGUGAAAGUUCUGUCCAUCGGCGAGGGCGGGUUCUGGGAAGGAAACGUCAAAGGGAGAACUGGCUGGUUUCCUGCCGACUGCGUUGAGGAAGUUCAGAUGAGACAGUACGACCCCAGACUGGAGACCCGGGAGGACCGCACCAAGAGGCUGUUCAGACAUUACACGGUGGGAUCAUACGACAACUACACCUCGUACAGCGACUACGUGAUCGAGGAGAAGAUGGCCGUGCUGCAGAAGAGGGAGAGCGAAGGAUUUGGCUUCGUCCUGCGGGGAGCGAAAGCCGAGACCCCCAUCGAGGAGUUCGCCCCCACGCCGGCGUUCCCCGCUUUGCAGUACCUGGAGUCUGUUGACCAGGGUGGUGUGGCCUGGAGAGCGGGUCUGCGCACCGGCGACUUCCUCAUCGAGGUGAACGGCGCCGACGUGGUGAAGGUUGGCCAUCGCCAGGUGGUGGCGCUCAUUCGGCAGGGCGGCAGCCGCCUGCUGAUGAAGGUCGUGUCGGUUUCCCGCAAGUCGGACGCCAAUCUUAUCAGGAAGAAAGCCCCUCCUCCUCCCAAGAGAGCCCCCAGUACUUCGUUGACGCUACGAUCCAAGUCCAUGACUGCUGACCUGGAGGAGAUAGCAGCCAGGAGGAGGCGCUUUGAGAAACUGGAUGACAUGUUGGCAGGAAACACCCAGGAAGUGGUUCUGCGGUCCCGGCCCUCCGACGACUUAAGGGCGGCCACGGUCAAGCAGAGGCCCACCAGCCGGAGGAUCACUCAGGCCGAGAUAAAUUCGUUAUUUGAGCGUCAGGGUCUGGUUCCGCCAUCCGGACCGGAGAAGAGCACCAUGGCGCUUCCCCGAGGAAUGUCCAGAACCAAAAGUUUUGGCACCCCUGAGGACGACCGUAUCUCGGCUCUGAUCCACGAAAGUCGUUUUCCUCGCAGCUCCUCUCUGACGGAGAGUUUCAUCCCGCCGCCGCCCCAGACGGCGCCGCCCCCUCCUCCGUCCCCGCUCUUCCUCCUGGACUCGGGGCCUCCGCCCUCCUUCCUGCCCCCUCCUCCCCCCGCCAGAGGGGAGGGACUGACCCGCUCCAGCUUCAAACCGGGGGCCGAGCCCAGGCUCCAGGAGCUGUCGGACACGCCUUCCAGGAGCCACGCCGAGCGUCAGAGAAAAGCCCGCUCCAUGAUCAUCCUGCAGGAUACGCCGCCUCAGCUGCAGCCAGAGAUGCACUCUGCCGCCAUGCACGUCUCCUCCUCGCACACGUCCACCCUGUCUCUCCACACCGCCGCCCUCGGACACUCACCGCUGUCACGGCGCCGAGGACGACCCAUCGAAAACCCUUAUGCCAACGUGGGACAGCAGGCCCCCCCGGCAAAACCUCAGAGGAGGAAGUCGCCUCUGCUCAAACAGCUUCCUGUGGAGGAGCAAGGCCUCAGAGACCAGGAUGCAAAGUCAGAGACGAGUGGCCCGGGUAGCCCCAGCAGGGCGGAGCUCUACCAGCAGCAGGUUCUGUCUGAGCGCGCUCGCGUCCACGGCCGCCGCUCCUCCCUCUUCUUGUCCGUAGAGGGCGCCGUUUCGGACAACCAAGCGCCGCCCCUCCUGACUCAGAGUCACUCCAUGGACGACCUGGGCGAGCUUCCUCCUCCCGCGCCAGUCCUUUCACCCUCACCCACUCCGCACACCUUCCUGCACCCGCUCACCGGCAAGCCUCUUGAUCCCUCGUCUCCGCUCGCCCUGGCUCUGGCCGCGCGAGAACGAGCGCUCACCGCCCGCACGCCGAGCCCCGAGCCCCGAACGAAACACGCCUCGGCCUCCGCCUCCGCCACGCCCAUCCCCACCCCCGCCGCCAGCCCGGAGGGUCGCCACAAGCGCACCCCCGUCCCCACCCCGCAGAGCAGCCCCGAACCCCGCUCCAAGCGCACCACCCCGCAGACCAGCCCCGAGCAGCGAAGCAAGCGCACCACUCCUCAGAGCAGCCCCGAGCUCCGGCACAAGCGCGUAACUCCGCCACUCUUCCCCGACGGGCAGGUGGAGCGUCCCGAAGCCGAGGGCGGCGUUACGUCCCCCGCGGGGCCCUCCCCUGAACGCUGGAGGCCCGUCCCUCUGUCCAACCUGGCCAAUGAGAGCCACUCGGAUGUGAUUGACAGGCGUCGAAGUCUGACGAUUGGGAGCUCAGAGGAAGACGGCAGUGCCUACACGGUGACCCUCCCGCCCGCGUUGCUGUCAUCCAGCGACGAGGAGACGAGGGAGGAGCUACGGCGGAUCGGUUUGGUGACCCCGCCGCCCGGUUUUGCCGCCCCUCCGUCCCCCCUCUCCGUGACCCCGCGUCGUCUCGGUGAGGGCGACGCGGGGGAGGAUGACAAGGAGCCUCGUGACGGCUCGCUACCUCCCUCCAUCACCUUGGCGUCGCCGCCCGCCCCGCCGUCGCCCUCCUCGCCGCCCGCCGGCCACCCGUCUGCGGCCCUCAAGCCCCGUCUCCGCUCCCCCGUCGGCCGCGGCCGCUCGGCCCUCAGGGACCCUCUGCUCAAGCAGUCUUCUGACAGCGAGCUGCUCCCGACCUCGCCCACCUCCCCGGCUGCCGCCCGCCAGCCGCGGUACCUCUUCCAGCGCCGCUCCAAGUUGUGGGGAGGCGGCGGCGAUGAGGAGGGCCGGCCCGCCGCGCUGGGCGGCCAAGGGUCAGCCUCGGCUCUGGAGCUGAGCGGCCGGGCUGAGUCGGGCCUGGACCUUGCCAACAGGCUCCACCUCCUUAACAAAGAUAGCCACUCUCUGGGGGAGGAGCCGAGCCCCCUUGAUCCGGGACGCAGGUCCCCAGUGGGUGGGGCCAGAUGUGUGGACCGGGGAGAGAGCAAAUCGCUGUUCUCCAGUCUGGGCGAGCUGCACACCAUCUCCCAGCGAGGAUACGGCGCCACCUACACGGUCCGACCCGGGAGUCGCUACCCCGUCACCCGCCGCAGCCCCUCGCCUUCCCCGUCUCCCUCCCCCUCUGAUAGGCCGCCGGGCCCGGGCUCCUCCCCCUCCCCCUGCUCCGAGCGCCCGGACCUGAGCUCGGGCCGCGGCCUGACCAUCCUGAAGUCGUCCAGCCUCAGCCUGCCGUCGGAACCCAAGGAGGUCCGCUUCGUCAUGCGCAGCGCCAGCGCUCGAACCCGCUCCCGCUCCCGCUCGCCCUCGCCCUCCCCGCACGCCUCCCCCUGCCCGUCGCCGGUCCUCAGCGGGCCCCUGCUGGCGCUCAGACCCUGGAGGCAGCGCCCGCUCAGCCUGUGGAACAAGUACGACGUGGGCGACUGGCUGGAGAGCGUCGGGCUGGCCGAGCACCGCCAACGCUUCCAGGAGCACGAGAUCGAAGGCUCGCACCUGCCCGCCCUCACCAAGGACGACUACGUGGAGCUGGGCGUCACCCGGCUGGGCCACCGCAUCAACAUCGAGCGCGCCCUCAGGCAACUGUUGGACGCUGCCACUUGACCACGGUCACCGCCGUAGGUCUUCUCGCUGUUUUUCUCAGCUCAGCUCUUUGAUCGCCCCCGGUGGACGCCGUCCAUUGCCGUGAUCGGUGGACAAGAUUCGACACCUACGCAAAGGGGUAUCGCGCCAAUUAUCGGGGGAAAAGCGGGUCUUGAAGAAUUUCGCCUGAAAAUGUGGGUGUGAAAUUGUUUCAAUCACGACCACCGACGAAUGUGACCGAUUGUCGCGGACAGUGGUCCUGAUUAUUCGGGUUGAACGCCCCCACUCGCCCAAGUGAAAUUCAUCAGCACCAAUUUUUCGGAGAAACUGUGGGCGUCGAAUGCUUUCGGUCAAUUGACAAUCGUUCACGGCCAUUGUCGUCGAUGGACAUGAUUGAUUGGCCCAGAAAAGGGGUGUGGCGUUGAACCGUCUUUGACCUUUGAUCAUGACACUCGAUCGCAUCCAUUGUCGAACCCUUUCGAUCCAACAAUGAGGAUGGUCGUGAUCCAAAAGAUUCAACACCCACACUUGUCCCGUGUAACGUAAUUGGGAAAAGCGUGGGUCUUUCGUCCUUGCGAUCGUGACGAGGGGCGUUCAUCAGGUCCGUCGAUCGUGACCAUUCAUCAUCAUCAUCAUCAUCUCACCGCACCAGAAGACGUUGCGCAAGUAAGCCACUCACCAAAAUGGCCUCCCGGUCGCUUCCUCUGCUAACCCCGAUGCUAACUCACGUUAGCACCCGAGUUAGCAAGUGUCGGGGAUCAAAGAGCUGGUCUGAUUAUUUCAGUUUUUCCUCUAAUGAUUAUUACAAUUCCUGAAGAAUAUUAGUCUUGAUUUUGAAUAUUUCUGAAUAUAAUGGACCCUAUGCACGCAGCAUUUCUGCGUAGGUUGGAAGGUGGUGUGUGGAAAAAAACUAAAGUCCUGGCACAGAGAAGUCUUGUCAACAAUCUUGACAAAUUCAAAUGAUUUAAAAAAAAAAAAAAAUGAGGGCUUGCAAAACAUUUUUGGAAAGAAAAAUCUUUCCCCUUCUUCGUUUUUCCGCCUUUCUUUCUCCCUGUGAUGUGCGCGCACUCAUGUUGACCAAUGAGGCACUCGAAAUCCGGCCCGUCGGCCCAGUCCACGUGCUGUUCGGUCAAGUCGGAGUAUUUCUCCCUUGCACCUUUCUUGCCCUUCCAACUUUCUCCACGUGACGUGCAUGCACUCACAGCCGACAACGAGGCGCUCUAAAGUCACGCCCCUGGCCCUGGCCACGCCCACAGAAUCAGGAAAACCGAAACGGUGACAAGUUCAACGCUAAAUCUUUGCACUUACCGUCAAACCAAUCUCCGAAUUGACUCUACAGGGUUGUGCGCGACACCGCUGAUUUUUUUUGUCCACUGAGAUGACCUCUGACCUUGCAUCGCGCCUCGCCGUGCAUACGGUCCAUUAUCCUCGUUUAGAUUUUCUGCUAGUGCUGACUUUGUUUUACUUUCACUUUUGAUCCGACAAUGAGUUGAAUGCGCCCGUCACCAUGGCGACGUGCGGGCAUUCUCGAUGACUUGUCAGAGCGUGCGUGCGUGCGUGCGUGUAUGAGACGUGUUGAUUGGACAUGGUGCUACACGUUGAAGCCAUCUGUACAGGAAGUAACUUCAUCUUUAACCCAAUUGCAGCAAAUCAAUCAAUCGCAAUGACAAAAUUACUAUUAUUUCGUUUUUUCCUCAAACCUUUGUUUGAGGGGUUUGCCUUGAGGUUAUUUUUUAUUUUUGUUUUGUUUUGUUGUUUUUUUUCGCUCGCCAUCUGUGGAGAUUUCUCAAACUUUUUUUCUUCUAGCAUGCUCGUCACGCGAGUAUCGAGGAGGAUUAUUUACAGUGGUCGGUCGAUAUUGAAAGUAUUUGACGGUGGGCGUGAACACUUUUUGUGCGGUCUGAAACAUUUACGGGGGGGGGGUUGUUUGUUUGAGUUUUGUUUAUUGAAAGUGCUUCACUUCAUAUUUUAUGUUCAAGCCGAGACAGAAUUUAUU